AUGGAGGAGAGUUUCUUACCGGUGAAGGUGGUCGUUGAUCCUUUGGAGGUGGAGGUAGAGGUGGAGGAAAGAGAGAUCCAGGCAAAUGAGACAUUGGCUAUUGACAAAGGAAAGACUAUUUUUGUGAAGGCAUCAAAUCAUGGAAAGUCAGGCAUCGCAAUGGCUGGAUUGAUUAGAAAUGAUGAACACAUAUCUGAUGCGGCUAAUAACGAGGACUCGUUCCGAGUAUUAAGGGGCCGUGUGAGUGUUUUAAAGAAAGUUCCGGAUGCACGAUUGAUGGCGUACUUGGAGCUAGCCGGAUUUGGGUCAGUAGCACUGAUCCGGUCCUCCGACUUACGCUUUGAUUUAUUAUCUGCGCUAGUGGAGCGGUGGCGUCCGGAGACCCACACUUUCCAUUUUCCUUGCGGGGAGUGCACGGUUACCUUGGAGGAUAUUGCAUUGCAGCUUGGGCUCCCAAUUGACGGGAGUCCCGUAACGGGAGUAUCUUCAUUUACGGAUCCGGCUGCACUUUGUUAUCAGCUCCUAGGAGACUCGUUAGGGGACGCGACCGCCACUGAAUGUGAGUUGAUGUGCGUUGCUCGAGCGUACAUCAUGCAUAUGCUAGGGGCAGUACUCAUGCCUGAUGCAAACGGCGACAGUGUGCAUUUGAUGUACUUGCCCCUGCUAGCUGAUUUGUCCACUGCUAGGUCGUAUAGCUCGGGUUCCGCCGUCCUAGCAAUGCUGUACCAGGAGCUUUGUCGACCUCCGCGUAGGUAUACCCCAAGGACAACACCAUCGAACCAUCAAUUUUAG